AUGUCCAUAUCAAAUCCAUUUAUCAGGGCCCCGUCUAGUGACUUGAACCCAUCUGCUCUCCUAUCCAACACAGCUGUACGCCCUCAGACAGCAGAGGAGAUGUACGGUGCACCUGAGAAUUUCCUCGAGAUUGAAGUGUGUAAUCCAAUAACGCAUAGCUCCGGCAGAUCCAAGUACACAACGUAUGAUAUACACCUAGCCACCAAUAUACCUGCAUUCAAACUCAAGAACUCUGUUGUUAGGCGUCGUUAUUCAGAUUUUGAGGUUUUCAGGGAUAUCCUCGAAAGAGAGAGCUCGAGGGUGAAUGUACCUGCUUUGCCAGGUAAGGUGUUCACUAACAGGUUCACUGAUGAAGUUAUACAAACACGCAGAGAGGGUCUCGAGAGGUUUGUACAGAUCGUUGCAGGCCACCCUCUUCUUCAGACAGGCUCUAAAGUGCUCUGCGCCUUCUUACAGGAUCCUAGUUGGGACCGUACUCAGUGGAUCUGA